UCCUCUCCUCCUCCCCUUCUUCUCCUGCCCCACGAAACAGAGAGAAGAGAAGAGGAGAGGAGAGGAGAGGAGCCCUCGACCCCGCCGCCGCAAGCCCUCGUCUCCGAUCCCGCCGUCGCCGUCGCAGCCAUGCCGUUCACCCCGGGACCCUACUCCGGCAAGAGCACCCUCGCACUCGUGGCCAGGGUCUCCGCGGUCGGCAUCGGCGUCGUCUACGGCUCCGUCAAGCUCGGCAUCCUCAAGAUGACCAAGCCCAAGGAGGAAGCAGCUGCUCACCACUGAGGAUGAGGACAAGUAGCUCCAGCGGGUUGACGCCGUAGAUUCAACAAUGUACCUUCUGUACGCGCAUUCGGAUCUGUGAUUUGUGUAUGAAACCCAAAAAAACCCAAGCCCAUGUGGGAGCUGAACCUUAGUUUUUUUUUUUGCUUGUGGAAAAUAAUAUCCUCGGCUGAAUCGACUUGAAAUCAGGAAAGAGUGAAAAUUAAUAUCUUUUGGUGUGGUGCUGUGAUUCAAA